AUGCGCUUAGCUCACUUGCACAUCCCCGGCCUGAUCUCUUACAGCCACUCACUGCGACUGCAAACGGCCAUUCUAGAGAGAUAUUUCCAACACAAGGAUUGGCUGCGCUCGGUCGGGAGAGAGGCGGCGGGGCCGAGAGGAAGAAGAGAAGGCGAGGCAGCGAGUAAUGCGCGUGUCCCUGUGCUCGACGGCAAGGACCGGGGACCUACAGGGCAGCCGGCGAAAAGUAUCUUCGAUCGAUCAGCUUCGCAUCAUGCUGCUGGUGAGGAUGAUGACGCAGCUGAGGCGCGCACCUGGCUGGCAAGCAGCAUAUCGAAGCCACGACAUGAUCGUGAUCACGAUCGACCAGGCUCGUCGUCGCUUGGCGCCGGAAAUGGAAGUUGCACUACAAAUAGUGCGACGAUUGCCCUCCGCAAUACCAGCUCGCCCUCGUGUCUUGACUCCAGCUCCAGCUCCCAUACGCUCGCGCACAUCCACACUCCCCCGGAUCCUGUCCUCCUGACAUUCAGCACUCCUCCCACCUACACGGUUGGUCGUCGGCACCUCCUGACCAACCCCAUCUCCACGGAUCAACAGUCCCUCCUUUCUGCCAAUGGCCUGGCAACGUUUCACGCCUCCCCGCGCGGUGGACUUCUCACGUACCACGCACCCGGUCAGCUGACCGGCUAUGUGAUUGUCGACCUGCGGAGGUUUGCCAUCAGUGCGAGGUGCUGGGUGAGGUUGUUGGAAGAGAGUGUCAUGCGCACCUGCGGUCGUUGGGGGGUCCGGGCUGGGAGAACGGACGAUCCGGGGGUUUGGGUGCUGGACCAGGAAGAGGAUAAGCGAGGCUCAUCAUCCACGCCAGCAGCCAAACCAUCGGCUCCAAGCGAUCGCAAAAUCUGUGCCAUCGGUGUCCAGGUCUCGCGUGGUGUUACCUCUCACGGCAUCGGGUUGAACGUGUACGACGCACCGCUUCCCUCGGCGUCUCCGUCGUCGGGCCUCUAUGACUUCAUACCCACACAACUAUCCUCUCCCUCGUACGACCCCUCUACGCGAGGCUACUUGUCGUGGGGAUUCAGUCGCAUCGUCGCCUGCGGACUAGAAGGGAAGAGCGUAACUUGGCUGACGAGGGAAAUGUCGCGCUCUUACCCGCCUUCGGGCUCAACAGGACACGGAACCUCAUCUCGGCCUUUCACAGGUGAACCCCCAGGGCGAGGUGCACGGUGCAGCGACGAUGAUCAAGCCAGGCUAGCCGCCGAGCCGAUCCCAAUGGAAUCUGUCGCCGACGUCUUUGCCCGCGAGAUCGUCCACGGCCUAAAUGCCAUGAAGGCCGAGGGCAGGGAGACCGUGCAUGGCGUAUACAGCAUUCGAGAGACGGACCUUCUGUGA